AUGGGAUUGUCCGCGAGUCCCUUUAGCUUUCAAGACCAGUUGGCAUUCUAUGGUGCUUAUCACAUCAACAGGGUGAAUGUCGCUAUUCACAUGGUGUGUGUACCAUUAAUCUGGAUCACAUGGUUGGCUAUGGUGCUGUACUUUGAUCCAUCUUUGACUGGACUGGCAUAUAAGCUACCGUUAUCCAUGGCGGAACCUUUGUUGAAUGUAUGCCAUUCGCUGAAGGAUGCGGUUCCGACAUGGAUUUACCCGCACAUGAAUGUUGCCUCUAGCAUUGCUGCAGCAUACUUGAUCUAUUACUUUAUCUUGGAUGUUAUGUCAGCACUUCUCAUUACACCGCUAUGGGUCUCAUACUACUUAGUCGCCUGGUAUGUUGCACAGCAAUCAGAGACAUCGAUUAUGCCUGUGUUUGGUGUCUUCAUGUUUAGUUGGGUGGCGCAGUUUUAUGGGCACGGCAUACAUGAGGGACGUGCGCCUGCCCUGCUGGACAAUCUGCUUGGUGCCGUUGUAUUAGCGCCACUGUUUGUAUUUGUCGAAACCCUGUUUAUGGUGGGCUAUCGGCCGGAGCUACAGCGUUGGCUCAAGAAUGAAACGGCUCGACUACUUGUCCAGUUCCGUUCCACACACCCAGUCAAAUCAAAGGCACAGUAA